AUGCCCAUCCGCUCGUACUCCUCACUACCAAGCGACCCCCCUCCGAAGCCACCUCCGAAGACUUCCAUCGCCCGCUUUCUACCUAAGCUUCCCUCAGCUUUCUCUAAAUCCCCUGAAAGUUCUUCGUCAUUCAGGAAGCUCGUGUCUCUCGCAAAGGCGGAGCGGAAACCGCUGACCACAGCAGUUGGUCUGCUGCUUGUGUCUGCUUCCGUUUCACUCAGUGUGCCAUUCACGAUCGGGAAGUUGAUCGAUUUCUUCUCCACAACGAAUCCACAACUACCCCUCGGAUUGUCUGCUGGCUCCGCUGCCGCUCUACUCCUCGUCCUGUUCACAACAGGCGCCGUUGCAAACGCAGGUCGUGCAAUGAUAAUGAAAAUGGCAGGCCAACGUAUUGUUGCCAGACUCCGAGAACAGACGUACACUGCGGCCUUGAAGCAGGAGGUGGAAUUCGUCGAACGAGGGGAAGGAGAUGUAUUGAGUAGGUUGAGUGUGGACACAACUAUCGUUGGAGAGAGUGUGACGCAGAACCUAUCCGAUGGCUUGCGCGCGGUUCUCAUGGCUUCUGUUGGCUUGGGGGCAAUGUUCUACUUGUCGCCAACUCUAACGACGCUUAUGCUAGUGGUCGUUCCUCCGGUGUCCCUCGGCGCUGUCUUCUACGGUCGAUAUAUCAAGAAACUUUCAAAUAGAACGCAAGAGGCCAUGGGGGACAUGACGAAAGUAGCCUCUGAAUCUCUCUCUGCGCUUCGAACAGUGCAAGCGUUCAACGCCGUUCCCCAGGAGCAAGAAAAGUUCCAUCAACGUGUGAACCAUGUCCUUGACUUGGCCCGGAAGGAAGCUAUUGCUACUGGGAUAUUCUUUGGGAGCACGGGUUGGAGUGGCAACGUGACCAUUUUGGCUUUGUUGGGAUACGGUGGUACGCUGGUGUCGCGUGGUGACAUUUCAGUGGGAGACCUCACUAGUCUCUUACUUUACACUGUAUACGUCGGCAAUGGAUUGCAGAUGUUAACGUCAUUCUUCUCUUCGAUCAUGCGCGGCAUUGGCGCAGGGACACGGAUUUUCGAGCUCCUCGACCGACAACCUCACAUUCCACCUCAUCAAGGGACUGAACUUCCGCGCGAUCGACGCGGAGUUAUCAAAUUCGAGAAUGUCCAGUUCGAAUACCCCAGCCGUAAGGGCGUCGAUAUUCUGAAAGAGUUUAACUUGGAAGUUGGCGUAGGCGAAAGUGUAGCCAUCGUUGGUAAGAGUGGCGGGGGUAAAUCCUCCAUCCACGCUCUUCUCUUACGAUAUUAUGAUCCGGUAAAAGGCAAGGUCACUUUCGAUGGCCAAGACAUCAGGGAGUUUACGCCCGAGUCUUGGAGGGAGAUCAUUGGAGUUGUACCCCAAGACCCGGUGUUAUUCACAGGCACUAUCGCUUCCAAUAUCGCGUACGGCCACCCAACCGCUACCAGGGAACAAAUAGAACAAGCAGCGCGCGAAGCGAACUGUGAAUUCGUUUGGGGGAUGCCACACGGGUUUGAUACAGAGAUCGGCCGAAUGAGUUUGAGUGGUGGCCAGCGUCAGAGGUUGGCUAUAGCUCGGGCUCUAUUGAAGAAACCAGCUAUCUUGGCUCUAGAUGAGGCCACCAGUUCGUUGGAUGCCACGUCUGAACUACGGGUCAAUGAUGCAAUCGAUAAAAUCCUGAGAGCCAAGGAAACAACGUGCUUGUUUGUGGCUCAUCGUCUCUCUACCAUCGCACGAGCAGAGAGAAUCGUUGUGCUUGAAGAUGGCCGAAUCACGGAAUCAGGAACUUACAGGCAGCUGAUGAAGCGAGAAAACUCUCGUUUCCGAGCACUCAUGGCGGCACAGCUCAACGCCACCAACACGGAACGCACAGAGCUCCCAUUGACUGAGGAACCAGUACAACCAUGA